AUUUUAUGACGUCAUCCUCUAACGAAGCUAUUAACGUUUUGCCCUGGUCGAUGUUGUUUACCUUACGCGUUGUUAUUUGUGUGCUGAUCAAGACUUCUGCGUGAAAUCCAAAAUGUCGGAGAGUGAAGGAACUAGUUCUUCGCAAGACGAGAUCGCCAGGUCCUUCCACUACCUGCCGGAGAGGCAAGCAAAAGUCGCGACCCUCCUCAGCAUGAUGAAGAAGACGGACAAAGAGAAGGACAAGGAGAAGGACAAGGAGACGAUUGGGGAGGAGUCUGAGGAGCCCAUCCAGUACUGCAUCUGCCGUUCCACGGAUGGGACAAGGUUCAUGAUAUGCUGUGAUUACUGUGAAGAGUGGUACCAUGGAGACUGCAUUGGCAUUGAGAAGGAAGCCUCCAAGAGUAUCAGGAGAUAUGCCUGCCCUCCAUGCACCAAGUCUAACCCAGAAGCCAAGACCCUGUACAAGGAGAAGCGGGACUCCAAGGACGCAGUCAGGAAGGACAAAGAGCGGGAGCGAGACAAGGAGGACAGGGAGAAGGCGGCGCGGGAGCUGCUCAAGAAGAAGAAGAAGAAAAAGAAGAAGAAGCAGAAGGCCAAAGAGCUGGAGGAGGAGCGGCGGAAGAGGAAGAAGGAGGAGAAGAAAAAGAAGCUGAAGAAGAUGAGCAAGGGUGGGACGGGGUCGUCCUCUGAGCGGGAGGGCCGCAAGGCCACCGGAGCAGCAGCGAGGCAUGCGAGACGAUGUGGUCAGUGUGGGCCGUGCCAACUUGUCAGCGACUGCGGAAAGUGUGAUUUCUGUCUGGAUAUGAAGAAGUACGGCGGUCAGAACAAACUGAGGCAGAAGUGUCGCCUGAAGCAGUGCAUCCGUCUGGCCAGUAAAGUCCUGAGGAAGCAGCAUGCCCCAACCCAAUCGGAUUCCUGGGAAACCACAAGCGUCGACACGGACACCGACUCACAGAGCGUCUUUCCCGAACGCUACACCAGGAAGCCACCCCCGACAGUGGACGUCAGCCUGGUGGAUCACUACGACUACACCAUGAGGCCCGAGCUGGAUCCCUCCAGCGAGAAGAAAGAGAAGAGGGAGAAAAAGGACAAGAAGGAGAAACAGCCAGAGGCCAAGGAGAAACAGAAGGAACCCGAGAAGCGUCCCACCAAGGAGGAGCGCAAGCGUAAGCGCUCGCAGCAGAAGCCGGCCCUAGACGAGCCCAAGUUCAAGCGGGUGCUGCGGUCCCACUCCACCACGGGGGCAGCCGCGGAGGAGGACCUGCCGCAGUGCUACGGGCCGGGCUGCGUCAACGCCGCCCGGCCCAGCAGCAAGUACUGCAGUGAGGCAUGCGGUCUCAAGCUGGCCACCAACCGGUUGUUCGAGUUCCUGCCCCAGCGCAUCCAGCAGUGGCAGCGCAGUCCCUGCAUCGCCGAGGAGAACAACAAGAAGUCGCUGGAGAAGAUGAGGAGCGAGAUGGAGGAGGUCAAGAAGAAGAUCGCCGAGCUGGACGGCAAGAUUGUCAAGCUCAACAACCUCAUCGAGCGGGCCAAGAAGGAGAAGGUGGCCCAGGAUCAAGAUAGUACUGACGGGGAGAGUGAGGAGGCUGACCUGAGCAUUUUCUGUGUAUCCUGCGGCCACCCCAUCAACCCAGCCAGGGCCCUCAGGCACAUGAGUAAAUGUUACAGCAAGUAUGAGAGUCAGACAUCCUUUGGUUCUGCGUUCAAGACCAAAAUUGUUGGAGAGUCGAUGUUCUGUGAUUUCUUCAAUCAACAGCAGAACACAUACUGCAAGAGACUGAAAGUUCUGUGCCCUGAGCACACCAAGGAACCAAAGGUGAGUGCUGACGAGGUGUGUGGCUGCCCACUGGUGGCCGAUGUCUUCCAGGAGACCCGGGGCUUCUGCCGCGUGGCCAAGAGGAAAUGCUCCAAGCACUACAACUGGGAGAAGCUGCGGAGGGCAGAGAUUGACCUGGAGCGCGUCAGAUGGUGGCUGAAGUUGGACGAGCUGUUGGAGCAGGAGCGCAACGUCCGGCAGGCCAUGUUCAACCGGGCCGGUGUGUUGGGCCUGAUGCUCCACCAGACCCUGGACCAUAGCUUGCUCCUACCCCCUGGUGUGGUGCCGCCCCAGCACCAGUCCCAAGUCAAGACGGAAUCCUGAGUCUUGAGGUUCCAGGGAGGAUCGACAAGCCCCUGAUGAUGGGCCUGAUGCUCCUCUACCAGACCCUGGACCACAGCUUGCUCCUACCCUCGAUGUGGUACCGCCCCAGCACCAGGCCCAAGUCAAGACCUAAUCCCAAGUUGGAAUUUCCAGCCAAGAUCGACUUUGUGACUCGGAUCCUAUUUUUGCCAGUUUGUAAAAAUGAAAGUAAUGUCAACUGUCACUUUUUCCCAGACAUUUAUUUUUCUAUAUUAACUGGCCAUCACAUUUGAGAUGAUGUCCAAUGCCGCUGUAAAGAGAAAAAUGUACAGAAGUUUAUAAAAGAGAUAUUAAUUGCCCGACAGUUUUUCUCUUCAGAAGAUGUUUGAAAAUAUUGCACUGCCCUUCUUGGAGACCUGUUCAGGCUUUAAAUUAUACCUCCUUAAUGGGAUCUGUUUGUCGGGAAAACUUGACUUGUCAAUAUUAAAGAUUUGAACUGCAGCAUCGACUGCCUCACUGCCAGAGCUGCUGAACAUGUACAUGUUGUCAUGGGUCAAAGUUCAUCAUUGUAAACUGAGGGUUUGCUGAACCAGGGUGGGAAAAGGUUCACAUUUGUUUUAAAAUGUUGGGGAUCAGUCAUGUUUUAGCGUCUGUUUACAUGUAUAUACGAUUGUUUAUAUGUACAUAUUGUGUAAUAUGACAGCCAUUAUGAGAGGCCAUUUCUGCGGUGGCACAACGCUGGUAUGUGCAUGCAGCUCGUCUCUUUGACCAAUAGGGUGUUGUGACUUGCCAGAUGCACGGGUGCAUCAAGCUGCAGAAUGCGCUCGAGUGCAGUGCCACCAGUUAUAGCGUCCAAUCAGGUUAGUCUCUAGACUAGUCUUAGGAGAUUCCAAAAUUGCCCAGUUACACUGCACUCACGCACAAGUUGAACAUGUUCUUUAAGUCCUGUUCUGGCAAGUCACAACACGCAGUCAGUUGGAGAGGCACUACGUCUGUGUACAGGCUGUACAAAUGCAUGGUAUCACCGCAGUUAUGACGUCUCACUCUGGUUGCUGGAUUUUUCUGUUCUUUUGUUGUUUAUGGGAAAAGGUCUGAAAAUGUAACAAUGUCACAGAAAAUACCCCCAAAAUGGUAUAGGAAAGUGCCAAACCUGUAAAGACAGUCAAGUCUCCAUUUGUAUAGUUUAUUGAAAAAGUGCUGUAGAUAGUUCUUGUACAUUUGGUACAUAUGGCAGCAAUGUUUGAAAUAAAAAGCUUCAGGUUUUAUUUGCAUAUUUCCAAAUUCUUUCUUGUCGUUUUGUCAAUGCAAUUAAGCCGUGAUUAUCUAGAACCAAAAAGAAAUAACCAUCCAGAAAAUUGGGAGAUGAACAAGAGCUCAAUCAUUGUUUAGCUCUCAUUUUGGAAAGAGUACCGAAACUAUAUGAUGGUUGAGUUGGUCUUGAAUUUUUCAUUUUUUAAGAACUUCCUUGAAUCACUCUUUAAAUGUAGAAGUAUUUAUCUAGUCUUGUAAAAUUGUCAAAAACAAUAGUUUACAGAAAGCUGCUCUUAAAAAAUUACUCCAAAAGCUCAAGAUUAGAGAAAAUUCAACAGAUAUCUAACCAAAAUUAUUCCUAAAAACACACAGGUGGCAUUUAGAAAUUUGUAUGCAACUUCUAUUUUGAUAAGAAAAGACAUACAAAGUGGAUUCUGUUGCAGUAA